GUCACAAAUUAGGGUUUAAUCUAAGAAGAUGAACAUGAAAGAAGAUCAUCAACUUGUUAAAGCUUCAUCAAAUUCUUGUGGUGUUUUGCUAGACCUGAAGCUUUCAAAUCAUGAGGAAUUAGAAAGCAAGGUUUUCUCAUGCAAUUUCUGCAAAAGAGAGUUCUCAACAUCACAAGCUCUAGGAGGGCAUCAAAAUGCACACAAGCAAGAGCGAGCGUUGGCAAAAAGACAAGAAAUCAAUGAAGAGCAUCUUCAUCAGCUGGGUACAUUUGGAUCUCCAAAAUUAUUCUCUUAUCCUUAUUUUCCAAUUGGUUCUCCACAUUCAAUUUAUGGUUCAAUGAUCAAUAGAUCACCAUCACUUAUUGAUAAUAAACCUUCAUGUCUUUGGCCUUGUUUAUUGCCAUCGGGAUAUAACCGAUUCGGGCAUGGCAUGACUAAUAAUAACACUAUACAGUCAUCCAUUGAAAGGCUAAGGAUGAUGAACAAUCAGGUUGGAUCAGUUGGUAUUAAUUCUAGGCCACCAUUUCCAAGCUUUAGUGGUGCCUCAACAAAAUUUCAAGCUCCAAAUUGGUCUAAAACUGGUGAUUAUCAUCAACAUGGUGACCCUUCUAUAUCAAACAGGGAAGAUAACGAGGAUUCAUCAGGACUUGAUUUGACCCUUAAGCUUUAAACUAAGUAUUAACUGUUGCAUUUUAGAUUUAAGAGUUCAUGACACACAUAUUGUACCUUAGAUUAAUAUUUAUUUGUUUGGUUUUAGAUAUCAAGCAUUCACAUGGUUGUUUACAUGAGUUUGAUUAUCAUAUAUAAAUGUCAAAACAGAAAUUGAGUUAUU